GUCGCAGCCUGGCUGGGUAUGUCCUGUCCUCCUACACCUACAGCAGCUGGAAAGGAAGGAAUCUCUACAUAGACAAUUUUUACGUCAUGCCGGAAUUCAGAGGAAUGCGGAUUGGGAACUCCCUGCUGAAGGAGGCGGCCAAGGCUGCCUGGCAACAAGGCUGUUCGGAGCUUCACAUGCAUGUUUCUUACCUGAAGCCCGAAAAUAUGUCUUACCUGGUGAGGCGCGGCGGCGAGAACCUCACGCUCCAAGAUGGCUGGAGGCUGUUUCGGUUUUAUGGGGACCGGCUCUUCAAAAUGGUGGAUCAGAGCCGGGCCUAGCCUCAAAGGGAUGCGGCUUUGUGGGGGACUGAGCCCCAGCCCACCCCACCAGCUAGGCUGGCAUUGUGCCCCUGUCCAGGCUGAGCUGGUGUGUUCCUGAGCAUGUCCAAAGUGCCCUGUGCGAUUGGGAAGUGGAGGAUGGGA